AUGGAGAACACUUAUUAUACUUUAAUAUGUCAUCGUUACAGAAACGCAUCAGAGGAUUCCGCCAAAGAACACCCUGAGCCGUGGAAUCCAUCCUCAGUGGAACACAUUCUGGAAGUUGUAAACAAACAAAAGGCGCCCAUUUUGUACUACAGUCUGGCUGCCGGGCGACUUUAUUCGUGGCUUCUACAACCACAUAAAGGCAUACUUAGGUUCCACCAAGUGUCACUAGUAGAGCAAGCAGAAGAUGGUGACAACAGUCUUCCUGAUAUCAGUCCGGAUGACCUACAGGCCAAUACAAAUAGUGGCAAAUUGGAGCGUUGUAUCGGCGAAUGGUCCGCUUGGUUGAAGACUGCGGCCGAACGGAGAGACGACGAGUGGCCUGACGAUAGACCCAACACAGGACUCGCUAGAAUUGUCAAUCGUAAUCAUCUACUCAACUCAUCGAACUACUCUUUGAGUUCCUUAUUCAGUGUCGGAUCCGUUGGUGGAUCAGUGGCAGGAUCCGUUGCAAGCCUUCAAGGAUCUACCAGAUCUAGUGUUCACGGUCCACGAAAGAAGCAGCCCUCUUGGCAGGGUCCUCCGUGCUUGAGUACGUUGUACCAGAUGCUUCUAGCGCCUUUUGAGGAUCUGCUGCCUGCUUCCUGUAAUAAUAACCACGCGUCCCACGGUCGACGCGGUUGCGGCGGUCGCCGUGAGUUAAUAGUGGCCGUCGAAGGGGCGUUGUACGCGUGUCCUUGGGGUGCGUUAUGCGCCGGCGCAGAUUCUGAGCCACUAUGCGAAAGAUACGCCCUACUUGCAACGCCCGCUUUGCGUCCACUCAAACAUCAGAGACAUUCGAGAAACAAGCCUCACCCUGAACAUGGUGGUAGCAAUAACGAGUCUGGUAUGCGAUGCCUGGUAGUAGGGGGACCUCGAGUGGGCGGAUCUCGUUGGGCAUCUCAUCCCGCGCUGUUAAAAGAAGCCGAGCUCGUAGCUGAUAUGUUGAGGGUUACACCGCUCACUGAUUAUCAGGCAUCAAAGGAAGCCGUGCUGAGUCAACUAACACAGGCGGAAUGCAUUCACUUUGCAACACACGUUUGCUGGAAAACGCCGGGAAUCGUUCUAAGCCCCGGAGAAGUGGUGGAUUCGCAAGCUAAACGUUUGUUAAACUCAAGCAACGCAGCUGAUACGUCAACAGAAAACGAAGAAGAGAAUACAGAAUUACCACAAACAAACGAAGAAUUGCCACCAGCAUCGGAGUUCAUUUUGACGGCAGCAGAAAUUAUGAAUUUGAAAAUUACUGCCAGAUUGGUGGUAAUAUCCUGCGCCCCAUCAACCUCUGUCCUUGAAGACUCUGAAGAGCCUGAAGCAGUAUCGGUGGCUGGUGAUGGAGUGUCCCGACUUUGCAGAGCACUGCUCGCAGCGGGAGCUCAAGCUAUACUGGUCACGUUAUGGCCUGCACCUCAAGAUACAGCAACAAAGAUUCUGUACAGGGCCCUUUACUCUGCUUUGCUUCAGGGCAGUCGAGUUGCCAAAGCAUUGGGUGACGCGAUGCAGACAGUCCGACAUACAAAGCAUUUCGCCCACCCGGCGUAUUGGUCCGGUUGUGCUCUACUCGGUGCUAAUAUUCGUCUCAGCAACAAGGUCGCUUUGAUGGGACAAGCUUUAUGUGAAUUGAUGGCUGCGCCGGAGAGGUGCAGAGAUGCGUUGCGUGUAUGUUUGCAUUUAGUUGAAAAGUCCCUUCAACGCAUUGUACGAGGUCAGAAGAAUGCGAUGUACACCACACAGAAGAGUAUUGAGAAUAAAGCUGGCACAGCUACCGGGUGGCGGGAGCUGCUCAUGAGCGUUGGAUUUAGAUUCGAGCCAGCGGCAAAUGGCAUACCAUCGAGUGUGUUCUUCCCCCAAAGCGACCCAGAAGAGAGGCUCACACAAUGCUCGGCUAGCUUACAAGCACUUCUAGGACUGUCAUCAACAACUCUACAAGCAUUGUCCAAGUUAAUAUCAAAUGGCGAUGUGGCAGAUGAUAUAAUCGGAGUUAUCCGAUCAGUUAUAUCACAAUUCACAGUUAAAAACUCGGAAACUGACACAAUAGAAGUUGCUGUUAAUGUCAGAUUAUGGCGUGUGAACGGAUGUCACGAACUGUUGGCGUCCCUUGGAUUCGAUUUGGCUGAAGUUGGUCAAGACGAAGUAAUGUUACGCGGUAAAGCUACGAACCGGAGACAUAUACAAUUCGUACUCCAGGCCUUGCUUGCUCUAUUUGAUACGCAAGAAGCGCCUAGAAGUUUGAGCUUAGAAUCAAGUUCGAGCGUGGAAUCACUUGCAUCUAUCGAUGAUGGAGAUUUGGAACCCCAUUCAGACGGAGAAACUCCUCCCACCACACACAGAAAAGAAAAUGUAACAACGGUUCCUCCGCCACCGCUACCUCUUGGCUCUUGCGGCGGGGCGUUCACAAUGUACGUGCGAAACACAGGCGAAGUGGGCCGUGGAGAACCAGAUGGUCGUAAUGCCCCUCCACCCGCAGCUGCCCCUCCUCGCUACAGGGGGGAAAGCGACGCAGCAUUUACCCCUUCGCCCCCCACUACUGCCCCCCAACGAGACGUAUCACUCGCCCUCGCGCAUCAAACCAAAAUUCGCACCCUUUACACCAGACGACCCCCGUCAGACGACUCAGAUUGGGAAUCCUCAGGACACGACACGGUACUACGUCGGCGACCUGACCCCCACCAGCGAUACCUCGACGCUUUCUACGAACUCGCCUCGGCCCAACCGAGGCGCACCGAAGAAGAUAAAGAACCCCAACCUUCCACCUCCAAACGGGCACCUCGACCCAAAAUGGGCACAAGCCGCGACUCCAUGGCCCAAGUUAGACAUAUGAGCGGUGAAUUAACCCCGACUAUAUCGGAAGUCUACCACGAAAGGAAUAUCGGAUUAGGCCUCGCUCCACCGUUGGCAGAGUUACUGCUAGCUGAAGAUUCAAAAACAGAAAUGCGAGCCGCAAGUUCCAGCGAAAACCUAUUACUCCAGAACUUAGAAAAGUUGGGUCUACUGGGUGACGUCAGUGAAAAUGAAGAACGUUGGUGCACCACAAACGCAUCUCGACCUUGGCUUACAGCGGCGCCUCUUGAAACAGAUGUUCAAUCCUCAGACUUGACUACGGCUGAGAUAAUAGAACGCCAGAGCAAGUUUAAAAAAGAUGAACCUAUGAGAAAAGAAGAGAACGCGUAUGACCUAAAACCUAAGGAAGAAGCGGCCGGACCGAGUUGUAUAGAAAAACGUUCAGUUUCGCCUUUUUCAGAGUUGUCUAGAAGAGAUGAGGGUGACGGUAGGAGUAUAGCGGAUUCACAUUCUUCGUACAAGGCGUUAGUCUUGAACCCCCGAACUCCUUAUUUGCCAGAGGAAGGGGAAGCCAAACCCACAGAGGGGGGUAAGACACACCCCCGAGUUAGACGGCCUCUAGUCCCUAGAACGCGACCAACGUACACAACUCUAGAUUUUCCACCUAACAAAUGAGUACUGUUUUUGAACAUCGAUUUAGGUAAUUGACUAACUCCAAAUUUUAAUUUCGAUAACUUUUUUUUUAUAGAACAGGGGGAAAACGGGCAGGAGACUUGUCUGAUGGUAAGUGAUACCGCCGCCCAUGGACACUCUCAAUGCCAGAGGGUUCGCGAGUGCAUUGCUGGCCUUUUAUAAAUUGGUACGCUCUUUUCUUGAAGGACCCUAAUAAUAACUGUUUAAUUUAGAAACAGACAAAAACACUUAUUAUAUUAUCUGUUUAACUUCGUUCCCAAUUGUAAAUACAGAAUUGAUAUCAAAAGAUUAACUUGAUUUUUAAGAUUAUAAACCUAGACAGAAAGCUAAUAUUUUGGGUUUUUUUCGAGUUUUCCUUGGGGUAGGGGUAGCUUUCGUAGGAUUAAAAAACUGUAACGAAUAAAAUCGGUGUAGUCGUUUUUGAUACUGUAGUUUGUAUGUAGUAUAAAGGACAUAAAUUUAUUUGUAUUAUUAUAGAUAUAAUGUAUUUCGAAUAUACUCAUGGCUAUGAACGUCCGUCCUUAUUUAUAUUAGAAUAUUUGUACAAUAUUGUUAAGCUGUAAUUAAUAACAUCGCUAUUUAUUUCUUGUAUUUACAAUUUCUUGCCAUUGUAAUUAAUGCUCAGCGUGUAUUAUAAUAAAAUAUUACAUUAA